GUAAAUCAGGGUUGCGGUCCAAUUUAUCUAUUCAAACUAAAAUGUGAUGAUCGACCUACCGUUUUACAAAAAAUCAAGUCAAUAAUCGAAAGCGAUGAGGAAGUACUCACCAAUGGGAAGCACACUCCAAGUUUCACUCAUGCUAGAGAACAAGCUAAAGGAUAUUUUGACUCCAAGAAGUUUCCUGAGGCUAUCGAGAUCUACAGCCGGGCUCUUAGUCUCUCACCCGGCAAUUAUGAUCGAAGUAUACUUUUGGCGAAUCGUGGUAUGGGUUACCUUUGUCGUAGGUGGGAAGGCGAUUCUUAUGCAUGUGUCCGUGACUGUGUGGAGGCACUGCUUCUUUAUCCUGGAAAUUCCAAAGCAUUGUGGCGGCUCACACGAUCGUUAAUGCUUUUGGAGCAGUGGGAGUUAGCACAAGAAUGUAUUGAAGUUUUCAAAAAACGGUUCCCUAAUGAUCGAUCAAUUGUUCGUCUCUCUGAUCAGAAAGGUUUUGUGGACAGACAAAUACGCACACCGAUAUUAAAGAAGCCAACUUCUUUGGAUCGAGGAAUCAUGGCCGGAUCUGAUUGCGGGUCUCUAUUGUUAUGGGAGCGUAGCUCCGGUGUACUUGUUGCUGCAUGGAAUGCUGACCAAUCAAUCCUUAACAUCGUUCAACCACAUCCGACUCAAUUCAUGCUAGCUACGUCCGGCAUUGAGGAAGUUAUCCGAUUUUGGCAACCUAUGGAGGAGGGCAAAGAAAAAGGUUUUGUGGACAGACAAAUACGCACACCGAUAUUAAAGAAGCCAACUUCUUUGGAUCGAGGAAUCAUUGCCGGAUCUGAUUGCGGGUCUCUAUUGUUAUGGGAGCGUAGCUCCGGUGUACUUGUUGCUGCAUGGAAUGCUGACCAAUCAAUCCUUAACAUCGUUCAACCACAUCCGACUCAAUUCAUGCUAGCUACGUCCGGCAUUGAGGAAGUUAUCCGAUUUUGGCAACCUAUGGAGGAGGGCAAAGAAUGUGAAAGGCGAAUAGCGGAACCAUGGUCACAUUUCGGUCAGCGUAAUCGUCGUUCUGCUGACGAACGGGACAUAUUUCUACGAUUCAUUGGAUCUCGAAUGAUGGGAAGAAGUCCUGAACGUCCAGAAUGUGUGACAAGCUAG